AUGGGAAGCGUAGAAAGAGAGAUGAAAAAUAUGAGAGAAUAUUUUAGGAGUGGAGUAACAAAGGAAGCAUCUUGGAGAGAAUCACAACUAAAAGGGUUGCGUCGUUUUCUUAUGGAAAAAGAGAGUGAUAUCUUCAAAGCUCUCAUGCAAGAUUUAGGGAAACAUGGAGUUGAAGCUUUUAGAGAUGAGAUAGGAACGUUGGUGAAGACUUUAAAUCUAGCAAUAAAGUGUCUCAAAGAUUGGAUGUCAAGCAAGAAUGCUAAUCUACCAGCAUUAGCAUUGCUAUCAAGUGCAGAAAUUGUUCAUGAGCCUCUUGGUCUUGUUCUCAUUAUUUCUUCUUGGAAUUUCCCCUUUGCACUGUCUUUGGAGCCAUUGAUAGGAGCUAUAGCUGCUGGAAACACAGCAGUGUUGAAACCUUCAGAGUUGUCUGCUUCAUGUUCCUCUUUACUUGCUUCUGGCAUUGCUACUUAUUUAGAUGAUAAAGCCAUUAGAGUUAUUGAAGGAGGACCAGAGGAAUCCGAGCAGUUAUUAAACCAAAAAUGGGACAAAAUCUUCUUUACAGGUAGUGCACGCGUGGGGCGCAUUGUGAUGUCUGCUGCUGCAACGCACCUGACCCCUGUAGUGCUCGAGUUGGGUGGAAAAUGUCCUGCAGUUGUGGACUCACUUUCAUCUUCUUGGGAUUUAGAGGUUAUUGUGAAGAGGAUUAUUGUUGGAAAGUAUGGGACUUGUGCUGGUCAAGCAUGCAUAGCAAUUGAUUAUGUCAUUGUGGAAAAGAGUUACUGUUCAAAACUGGUGGAAUUAAUGAAGGUGUGGAUCAAGAAAAUGUUUGGAGACUACCCAAAACGUUCGAAUACUAUAGCAAGGAUAGUUAAUAAACAACAGUUAGUUAGAUUGAAGAAACUUCUAACUGGUCCAAAAGUUAAAGAAUCUGUGGUUUAUGGUGGCUCAGUGGAUGAAGAAAACUUAUUUAUUGAGCCAACAAUCUUGGUGGAUCCACCACUUGAUGCAGCCAUAAUGAUAGAUGAAGUUUUUGGCCCAAUACUUCCAAUUAUCACAGUGGACAAGAUUGAGGACAGCAUUGAAUUCAUAAGCUCUAGGCCUAAACCUCUUGCCCUUUAUGUUUUCACCAAAAACCAAACACUACAGAAAAGAAUGAUAUCUGAAACAUCAUCUGGCAGUGUUACUUUCAACGAUGCAAUUCUACAAUACGCGGCAGAUAGUUUACCAUUUGGAGGAGUAGGUGCGAGUGGAUUUGGCAUGUACCAUGGAAAAUUCUCGUUUGACACAUUCAGUCACCAGAAAGCUAUUGUUAGAAGAAGUUUCUUAACUGAUUUUUGGUAUAGGUAUCCACCAUGGACACCAAACAAGUUUCAGCUACUUGAAGUCUCUUACAAUUAUGAUUAUAUUGGAUUGAUCCUUGUUAUUCUCGGAUUAAAGAGACCAUCGAAACGACAAAUCGUGCCUUGUUAA